GCCGUCUGCGGCAGCCCGAGGCGGAGACGUGGAACAAGGCUAGGCCGGCGUCGGGGAGAGCCUCAGUCUUCUCCGGGAGCCCCUGCUCUCGGAGUCUCCUCUUCCUGCCCCUCCUGCGGUCAGGAAACGCGGCGCCGUCUGGCCCGGCGCGGCCGCCGUAGCGUCCCCGUUGCCAUGGCUCCCGAGACUCCGAGUGCAGGUGCAGACGCUUAACAGGGAAGCUUGACGGGAGUUCCCGAGAGUCGGGGUCGACUUCACGGGACCGCGAAACCGAGAGGCGACAUGGGCCGUAUCACAGAAGAUCUUAUCAGACGGAAUGCAGAACACAAUGACUGUGUAAUUUUUUCCCUGGAGGAACUCUCCUUGCAUCAGCAAGAAAUAGAGAGACUGGAACAUAUUGACAAAUGGUGCCGGGAUUUAAAAAUCCUCUAUCUUCAAAAUAAUCUCAUUGGAAAAAUUGAAAAUGUUAGCAAACUCAAGAAACUUGAAUAUUUGAAUUUAGCUUUAAACAACAUUGAAAAAAUUGAAAAUUUGGAAGGAUGUGAAGAGCUGACAAAACUUGACUUGACCGUCAAUUUCAUUGGCGAGCUGAGCAGCAUUGAAACCCUCCAGCACAACGUCCACCUAAAGGAGCUGUUCCUCAUAGGCAACCCGUGUGCUGACUUUGAUGGCUACCGGCAGUUCGUGGUGGCCACCCUUCCGCAGUUAAAGUGGUUGGAUGGUAGAGAAAUAGAGCGUUCAGAAAGGAUUCAGGCAUUGCAGAAUUUUCCAGUAAUUGAACAACAAAUCAAAGAGCAGGAGAAAGCUUACUGCCUCAAACGCACCAAAGACAAGGAAGAGGCUCAGAGGAAACUGCAAGAGGAGGAUAAAAAUGAAGACAAGAAGGAGAGAAGCCAUCCAGACUUUGAGAAACACUGGUACCCAGACAUCAAUGCUUCUCGCCCACUGUCUGUAGAGAGUGAAGACCUCCAGGCACCAGAAAUGCAAGAAGAGGAAUGCAGCAAAAAGGAAUCAGAGGUCAGCAAAGAUGACCUGGAAUUCUGGAAUAAGCCCUCUCUGUUUACUCCUGAAUCUAGAUUGGAAACUCUCAGACAUAUGGAAAAACAACGGAAAGCCCAAGAAAAAUCCAGUGAAAAAAAGAAGAAAGUGAAACCACCCAGGAUUUUGGUCACCAAAGAUGGGAAAGCUCUGAAUGUAAAUGUGCCCAAACUUGCCUUCUCUUUGAAAGAUGAUGAAAAACGUAACCAGAUCAUCCUGGACCUUGCUGUCUACAGGUAUAUGGAUACAUCUUUAAUUGAUGUAGAUGUGCAGCCGACUUACGUGAGAGUAAUGGUCAAAGGGAAGCCAUUUCAGCUGGUUCUUCCUGCAGAAGUCAAGCCUGACAGCAGCUCUGCUAAAAGAUCUCAGACAACAGGACAUUUGGUGAUCCACAUGCCCAAGGUAGACCAAGUAAUCACAGGUUGUGGACGAUCAUCAAAGCCUGUGAAAAGUACCUUGGACAGCAGCCAAGGGCACAAAAGCAAAAGAAGCAAGCAAAUUGAGAAGCUGGAAGUGGAUCCUAGCAAGCACUCCUUCCCCGACGUGGCUAACAUAGUUCAAGAGAAGAAACACAUGCCCAGAAGAAUUCGGUCUGAACCCAAAAUGAUACCAAGUGAGGAAGAUCCCGACUUUGAAGAUAAUCCUGAAGUGCCCCCAUUGAUUUGAACCGUCAGGCUGCAUUGGCUGUGACCUUCCAGACCCCGUUUUGCCCAGUGUGGACAGCAUGCAUAUCAUUUGUGGGGUAAACACGAAGUUAUCUUUCAAUAUCACUACUCCAAUGUUUUAACUCCUACCUUGUAUAUCUAUACUCUUAAACUAGUUUAAAAUUAAAAUGUGUACAAAUGCUAUAACUCAUUUGUUUAUAACAAAAGAUUGGCUAGUGAAAAUGUUCAGUAAACCUAGGACUAUUACAUAAAAAUGUUGAUGAUGAAUCAUAAAAGUGCCUGCUUAUGCAGAUAGAUGAAGUCAUAGAUAGAGGACUGAUGAUUGGCACCUCGGCAAACUGGUCAAGGUCGGAAGUUAAAGCCGUCCUUUCAGAUCAAAUUGGAAUGCUUUAGUAUGAUUUUAAGCAAUGUUUCAAUUUUUUCCUCAUGAUGUGUCUGCUUUUUCUGGUGACAUGGGAUAGAGGGAAGAAGAUGAGUUUUGAAAUGAGACACCCGGAGCUUGGAUUCCAGCUCAGUCACUUUGUAAAGAACUUCAGCAAGUCCUUGAACUUCUCUGAGCACUGGGAGCUUUAUCUAUGACUGGGGAAUGAUAAUACUUACCUUAUAUGUAGGUUUGUCUCAAGAGAAACAGCCUAAAGCGCGCAUUACAGUGUGAGUGCCCAGUGUGGUCUCCCCCCGUCCUCCCCUCCCUGGGACGCUACCCUGGGACGUGGCCCUCUCCC